GUCUUCAAGUUCAAAUAUGGCUAGUAGUACUUCAAGCACACAAGCUACUUCUAGCAAUGAAGUUGUAAAACAACCAUUAUGGAGGUAUGUUACUAAGUUAGUUAAUCAUACUGAUGCGGGGGGAAAUUUGUCUUGGAGAUGCAACUUUUGUGAAAAAGAUUUUAAGAGUUCAUAUACAAGAGUGAGGUGCCAUUUGAUGAUGAUAAGUGGAAAAGGAAUUGGAAAGUGCACAAAAGUAGAAAAAAAAAGAUCUUUUGGAGAUGGAAAGAUUAGAUGAAGAGGUCAAUACUAAAUUAAUGAGUAUUGCACCUAGAAAUGUACCUUUGCCUCCUGCUAGUUAUUCACUUAGUGGUGGUGGUGGUGACGGAAUGGAUUUAUCAUUGAACUCCAAAAAAAGGAAAGGCGAAAGUGGGAGUGGAAAAUCACUUGAAAAUGUAUUUAAUAUGACUCAACGGGAUCGUCUAGAUUGUGAGAUUGCUAGGAUGUUUUAUUCGGCGGGCUUGCCGUUUAACUUAGCAAGGAAUCCUUAUUUUCAAUCCGCUUUCACUUAUGCUGCUAAUCAUAAUAUUGCGGGUUAUGUACCACCGAAAUAUAAUUUGUUGAGGACCACUUUGUUGCAAAGGGAGAAGGUAAAUAUUGAUAGGUUGUAUACACCUAUCAAAAUCAUGUGGAAGGAGAAGGGUGUAAGUAUUGUGAGUGAUGGAUGGAGCGACUCACAUAGAAGACCGCUUAUUAAUUUCAUGGCGGUAUCGGAUGGAGAACCAAUGUUUAUAAAAUCGGUUGAUUGCUCGGGAGAAACAAAAGAUAUGCAUUUCAUUUUUAACUUGUUGAAAGGAGUUAUCAAUGAAAUUGGGCAUGAGAAUGUGGUCCAAGUAAUUACGGAUAAUGCUUCAAAUUGUAAGGGUGCGGGACAACUCAUUGAGCAAGAAUUUCCAUCCAUUAUGUGGACACCUUGUGUGGUGCACACGCUUAAUCUAGCUUUGAAGAAUAUUUGUACUGCAAAAAAUAUGGAGAGCAAUCAAAUAGUUUAUGAUGAAUGUAGUUGGAUUUCAGAUAUUGUUAAGGAAGUUAUGCAAAUCAAACAUUUCAUCAUGAACCAUUCUAUGAGAUUAGCAAUAUACAAUGAGUUUGUUAGCUUGAAGUUGCUUUCUGUAGCGGAUACACGUUUUGCUUCGAUGAUUGUGAUACUCAAGAGAUUCAAGUUGAUAAAAAGUGGUCUUCAAAACAUGGUGAUUUGUGACAAAUGGAAUAUCUAUCGGGAUGUUAAUCAAGAGAAAGCUAAGCUUGUCAAGGAGAAGGUGUUGGAUGAUUUUUGGUGGGAUUUGAUUGAUUAUAUACUUUCCUUCACGGCUCCUAUUUAUGAUAUGCUUAGAGUUUGUGACACCGAUAAGCCUUGUCUUUACUUAGUUUAUGAUAUGUGGGGUUCGAUGAUCGAAAAAGUGAAGAAAGUUAUAUAUGCACAUGAAGUGAAGAGGCUAGAUGAGAAGUCCACAUUUUAUGAGGUGAUUCACACAAUUCUUGUAGAUCGUUGGACAAAGAACAAUACUCCACUUCAUUGCUUGGCACAUGCCUUAAAUCCUAGGUACUAUAGUGAUCAAUGACUUGAUGAAGAUUCUACUCGAAUUUCUCCGUACAAGAAUAAGGAGAUCAACCAAGAAAGACUGAAAUGCUUCAAGAAAUACUUUCCUAACUUGGAUGAGCGCAACAAGGUGAAUUUGGAGUACGUAGAUUUUGCAAGUAAAAAUGGAGAUUUUAGAGAAUUGGAUUCCAUUCAAAAUCGAUAUUCAAUGGAUCCUAAGGCUUGGUGGGUCAAUCAUGGUGCAUGUGCACCGAUGCUUCAAAGUAUAGCCUUAAAGCUUAUUGCACAACCUUCUUCUUCAUCAUGUGCUGAGAGAAAUUGGAGUACUUACUCAUUUGUGCACUCGGCAAGAAGAAAUAAGAUGACCCCAAAACAUGCAGAAGAUUUGGUUUUUAUUCAUAGCAAUCUCCGUCUUCUAUCAAGAAAAAGCCCACAAUAUGCGGAAGGAGAGACUAAGAUGUGGGAUAUUGGUGGAGAUGCAUUUGACUCGUUUGAAGAUGUAGGGGUGCUUGAAGUUGCAAAUCUUUCACUUGAUGAGCCGGAGAUGGAGUAUGUUUUUUUUGCAGAAGAAGUGGAUAAUGUGGAUGAAUGACUUUUUGUUAUAUUACUUGAUGGAAUGUUGAUUGUUUA